AUGCGCCAAUGCAUAAUACACCAUCUCAUUUAUUCAGUAUUUCAUAUAUAUCAUUUGUUGAUGCUAUCACUUUUUGUGUAUUUUUAUGUGUUGUCGAUUCACGACCAAACGUAGCAUACAUUAUAUUUUGCUGAAGUUGAAAGAUUAACGAGGAAAAUAGUGCGAGCAUCAACACAGCUCGUUCACGGACGGUCGGACGUUGUCAUUUGAAAACGGAAGCCAUCUUGUGGCCGAGCCUCCCAUAUUAUACAGGGAAUAAUAGUUCAGCGACUAUUUGUCCCGUAAAAUUGUUUCGUACUUUUUCCAUUACGUCUAGACUAUGCAUGAAUUAUUGUAUCACAUGUUUACAUAGCCAUGGCUGCGACGAGAAAGUUGCAAGGUGAAAUAGAUCGGUGCCUUAAAAAAGUGACAGAGGGUGUGGAGACAUUUGAGGACAUUUGGCAAAAGGUUCAUAAUGCUACGAACAGCAAUCAGAAGGAGAAAUAUGAAGCUGACCUUAAGAAGGAAAUCAAAAAACUCCAGAGGUUACGUGAUCAGAUCAAAACCUGGCUUGCGUCAGGCGAGAUUAAGGAUAAAAGUACCCUGCUUGAGUAUAGGAAGUUAAUUGAGACUCAAAUGGAGAGGUUUAAGGUUGUAGAGAGAGAAACAAAAACGAAAGCAUAUUCGAAAGAAGGUUUGGGAGCAGCUCAGAAACUUGACCCAGCUCAAAAAGAAAGAGAAGAAGUUAGCAAUUGGCUUGCAAAUUCUAUAGAUACUUUAAAUUUUCAGCUGGAUAAAUUUGAAUCGGAGAUGGAAUCGUUACUCGCAGGGAAGAAGAAAAGGUUAGAUAAAGAUAAGCAGGAUAGGAUGGAUGAAUUGAAAGCGAAGCUUGAUAAACACCGUUUCCAUAUUCGUAAAUUGGAAACAUUGUUACGUAUGUUGGACAAUAUGUCUGUUGAAGUUAAUACUAUUAAGACGAUAAAAGAUGACGUAGAGUAUUAUAUAGAAUCCUCGCAGGAACCUGGUUUUGAAGAAAAUGAAUAUAUUUAUGAUGAUAUUAUUGGUCUCGAUGAAGUAGAGUUGUCUGGGGUUGGUAUUCCUUCAUCAGCAACUACCGAUAGCAACAACAGCAAUGAGACUGGAGGUACACCAACCUCAACUAACUCUGGUACUUCGCCCAUACCAUCACCUCCAUUAAGUUCCACCAUGCACAACCAUUCAAGUGAUAGUUCUACGGAUAAUGACAAAAAAACAAAGCCUGUGAAACCUACAGCAGUCAGGCCAUUAUUAAAUUCACAAGCGAGCAUUCCAACCACGGGAAGCACUGCCAGUAUAAAAUCGAAUUUAUUAUCGAGCAGCACUCCAAGCAAGACCAUUCCCAUGACACCUAGCCAUAACUCGCCUAGUUCUACAAGUCAUCAUAUUGCUACAACUAAUGCAGGCAACUUUGCCACGGUUGCUGCUUCGCAUAGUAAUUCACAAGCCAUCCAUUCUACCUCUAGUAAAACAUCUUCUCAUAGCAGCGAAAAUGGUUUGUUAUCGUCUUCAUCUACGUCCAGUGUAACCUCGAAUGUACCACAAACGAUCUCACAGCAGCACAAUAACCCUGCACCUAUACAGACGACACACGUAUUACACAAUCAACAAAGUCAGAAUCAUAACAGUGAAACUGAAAUGACGACGCCAAUCCCACCAUCUUCUUCGCCACAAUCAUCAGUUAGCAGUAGGUCUUCACCUCCGCCCGCAAAUUCCUGCUCGCCAGCGCCAUCCGCUGCCAAUGGUCUCAUGUCUAAGCUUCCUGAUGGCAUGUCCUCUUUGAAAUCUAUAGCCCAACAAGUAAUUGUCCGAGCAGGUUUGGAAAUACCGCCGUCCGAGUCGAACAGAAACAUCUUUGAUAGUGCUAUGGCAAAUAACAACAAUAAUAAUGCCACUUCGGAAGUACACAUUCCUCCUUUACUUGGUGUCGCGCCUCUCGGACCAGUACCCCUUCAAAAAGAACAUCAGCUUCAGUUCCAGAUGAUGGAGGCUGCUUACUAUCAUAUGCCUCAUCCAUCUGAUUCUGAACGGUUACGACCGUAUUUACCAAGAAAUCUGUGUCCAACGCCUCCAUAUUAUCAGCAGGUUCAACUUCCCCAUUCUGAUACUGUGGAAUUCUUCCAACGUCUUUCUACAGAAACGUUAUUCUUCAUAUUUUAUUAUAUGGAGGGUUCUAAGGGCCAGUAUCUGGCUGCAAAAGCAUUAAAGAAACAAAGUUGGAGGUUUCAUACCAAGUACAUGAUGUGGUUUCAAAGACAUGAAGAACCAAAAGUAAUCAACGAGGAAUAUGAGCAGGGAACCUACAUUUAUUUUGAUUACGAAAAAUGGGGACAAAGGAAAAAGGAAGGCUUUACAUUUGAGUACAAGUACUUAGAGGACAGGGAUCUGAAUUAACAGUCCUGUUGCUCAUGGAGUCUCCGAAAUGCACUAUUUCUGUACCGGUAUUAUCAAAAAUCGA